UGAAAUGACAAAUGACUGCUCAUCCCGUUUUUGAGUGACGUCAUUUUAUGUAAAAGUUAAAAUAAAAUUGUUUAAAUUAUCAUAUUUAUAUUUAUUGGUCAAAUAAAAGACAGAUCUGUACAACCAUGGCUGAUCCUAAAUAUGAGAACCUUCCUGGCAUAGCGUAUGAUCAACCUGAUGUGUAUGAGACCGGAGACCUGCCCGAGGCUGACCAGCCCGACCCCGCGGAGGAGGAGGAGAACGAAUGCAUUGAACAGUUACAUUUAUCCGUAAAGGAUUCCUUCAACAAGUUCAAAGGCAGAUUUUUAACUGGUGCUGUCGACUUUUCUGAUAGACUUAGCAGAAAAUCUAGGAUUGGGUACAGGGCUGGUGAAUGGGAACUGGCGGCUGAGGGUGAACCGGAGACUCCCCUGGAGCGCUACAACAGGCUCCGCUGUGAGUUCUCAGAGCUACUUGAGCAAGUAACAGAGCAACAAAACAAAGCUACUGAGAGUGAAAAGGAAGAAUACACAAAACUGGCAGUUCAAAUCAACUCUACUAAGAAACUACUGGAAGAAUUGAAAUUGGAGGAGGGAGAACAAAUUGACCCGAAGGCUGAGAAACUAAAGGAGUACCUAUCGAGCACCAAUAAGAAGAAGCAAGGAGAAAUGAUGACGGCUCACUUGAAGCUCAAGCCUGAAGUGAACCUGGCAUACACCACUAGGAUAGCUCAGCUGGAACACAGGUUACACAAAUUGGAACAGGCAGCUGGAGUGAGAGAUGAGGAAGCUUUCCGAAGGUUACAGGCAGCAACAGGACAGGCGACGCUCUGCGGUGCAGCAGCAUCGUUGGCAGCUCAAGCAACACUGCUAAGACCCGGCGAGCUCGCGGCUGCUGAAGCCAGGGUUACUUCUCUACUGACCAAUGUGGAAGCCCUGAAGACCGCGGUCAAACCUGCUGACCCUGAGUUAGAUGCUAAGGUGAAUGAACUGUACAAAUUGCUGAAACAAAUAGAUGGUAUAUCACAUUCCGAGAUAUUGGAGCGCAUGGAGGCUUUAGAGGCCUUACAUAACCAGGCGAGCAACUUCGGCAAAUCCCUAACAGAGUUAGAGACCCUACAGACGACGAUAGCUAGCGGUGUUCAAAACAACAAGGAGCUCCUACAGGGUGUUCAGGAAGUGUUCGCACACAACGUCGAAAGUGUUCACAAGGAAAUCAAGAAAUUAGACGAAAGGAUCGCCAAGCUGGCCGCAGCGUGAUGAUCGAGUCACUGUAAGGAAAUCGAGUGACUUGUCGAUGUUUCUUGGACUAUCCAAACGUCAUUUGUCAUCUGCUUAUAGCUUGUUCAACAUUACUGCGAUUUUUUUACUCGAUUAACAGGAAUCGAUUCUGUAAAUUCGAUUUAAAAAUUUAGUUUUUUUUUCGAUUUAGCUGCUUGAUUUGUAUCCUCAGAAUUGUUGGCUCUCUUUACCUUAUGUAUAAUAAGCUAAAUCAAAACCAAUUUAAUAUAAAUUUUAAUUAAUUACAAUAAAUAAAUAAUCAAAUCAUCGACAAAGCAAUCGAUUUUCAGACAUUUAAAUAAAUAAUUUGGAGAUUACUCUCGAAUCAUUUACUGUAAAUGCAAUUAUUUGAGAUUCAAGUCAUAACCAUUUUGUAUUAUUUGCUCAUUUAUACGUGCUAUACAACUGUUACCGCAUUUCGUGAUUCUGAACGGAUAAACCAUAAUUUACAUUCCGUUCUAUUAACUGUCCCAAGUGCUUUACAAAAUAUUUCUCAUUCAAUGACUAACCAUGAUGCAGUUACUACUAACGAAAAAUGUAUCAAAAAUAUAUUUUGCAUAAUACCGCAGUGGCUUGUAUUUUUGAGGGUCCAAUGAAGAUUUUUGCAAAUACUUAAUAUCAUUUUAUUUGCAACGUGCAAUACGUAAAGCCUUAAGAUUCAGGGCUUGUUAAUUAUAAUUUCCAAAGUAUAUCAGAAGUAUGAAUUUCAAUUUGUCACAGGUGCAUUUUUCUUCUGCAGUUGCAAGCAAGAAUGUCAGCAUUAUAUUUUAUUACUAUUAUUUCAAAAUGUUGAACAUUCACCAUAAUAACUUGUAUUGUACGUUAUCUAUAAGAAUAGACUGCUUAAGAGAAUAUAAUUUAUUUAAUUAUAAUAAAUCGAUUAUGUAGCUA